CAAAUUGACACCCUCUCCCCUUUCCUUAUCCCUCAAAUUCACUUCCAAGCCUCUCUCAUCUUCUCUCCUACUUGUCUCUCUCUGCUUCCUUGUUUACACAUACCAACAAAAUCUCUAACAAGAAAUCUUCAUCCUUAAACCUUAUGGCAACUGUUGUAUAUCAAUCUUAUUUUGAGUCUCAACACUUUGAGCCAAGAGCUCUCAGACUCAGACUUUCUUCUCAUACAAAUCCUCACUUAUCCACACCUCUUAAAUCCCAUUUCCAAGAUUCUUCCAUUGCUCCACAAGACAACACUACUACCAUUAAUGCAGCCUCCUUUUCCUUAUCAGGUCCCAACCCCGGCUCUAACUCGGACGCUAACUCGGGAAGUUGGAGCUUCCUCGAGUCCCUUUCAAACUCGAGCUCUAAUGAUAAAGAGAAGAAGACAUUAUCACUAUUUCAGUCUCCAUCUGCUCGUAGAACUCUCAGCGAUGAGAGCUUGGCAUUGUGCACUGAGAGCCUCGGGAGCGAGACCGGCUCUGAUAUCAUUCGUGAAGAUGAAGAUAUGUUUUCGAUUUCAUCUAAAUUACAAACCAUGGAAACUAGAACUACGUCGACAACAUCAAGCCCAUCACGACAAGAUAUGAAGAGGAAUACGAUGGCUUCACUUCCACCUCCUUUGGCAAGUAUGAGAGGUUUUGAUUGCAUUGAAGUCAAGUCACACCGUGAAAAUGGAAGAUUGGUAAUAACGGCCACGAGACCACCUCCGCGUAAUCGUUGCCUUCAGGACCGAAGCAAUGGAUGUGUAAGACUCGCUAUCUUGAUUGAUUCUGAUGACCACAUAGAGACAGAGACCAAAGAAGAAGAAGAAGAGACAAUCGAGACCGUGAGAAAUACCGAAGAAGAGAUUCCAGUAUACGAAGAAGAAGUUGAAGAAAAAAAAGAAGAAGAAAUCAAAGUAAAGAGUGUUGAGAAAGCACAAAGAUCAAGAAGAUGUAUUGAAGGAGAUCGAGAAAACAGAGGAUUUCUAAAUUGGGAAUCUUUAUGUGUUGCCACUUCCUAAAUAAAGAAUCUUUCUACUCCUUUCCUUUUUUAAAUUUCUCUGUAAUCACAGUUUCACAUCCCUUUUUUUACUCCUGCAUUUUGUUUUCGUUUUGUAUAAAUAACAACGUUUUUUUAUCA